GGCUACCCACCGCUCAUUGCUCGCUGCUCCCCUCGAGUUGAGGUUCGACACUUUCUAUCUGACCCGCGACCUCCCAAGCAACUCAAUCCAAGCUCUUCACAAGAACCAUGUUGAGUCGCAUGAUCAAGACCAAUGCCCGCUACAUCGCGGGAGCCGGUGCCGUGACGCUUGGCCUUGCAGCAUCCUCACAGUCGCCGUCCAAGACUGCGGAGAGCUCCAACUCGACAUCCGAGGUGUUGCUGGACAUCUCGGGUCGUCUCAAGAACAUCGAGCGCGACCUGGGUAUCUCUGGCAGUGGCUCGAGUGUCUCCAAGCCCAAGUACAACAACUACCCAGUGCUUACCCCCAAGCACAAGAGUCUCAUGGCCAAGAACCUGUCCCCCGAGAUCUAUGACAAGCUCAAGGAUCGCAAGACAGCCAGUGGCUACACCAUCGACCAGGCUAUUCAAACCGGUAUCGACACGCCUCACCUCGGUGUCGGCGUCGUUGCUGGCGACGAGGAGUCGUAUCAAACCUUCAAGGAGCUCAUGGACCCCGUCAUUGAAGGCUGGCACGGCUACAAGCCCACGGACACCCACAAGACGGACAUCGACCCGUCCAAGAUUCGCAACGGCAAGAUCCCGGACAGCUACGUCAUCUCGACGCGUAUCCGUGCUGGUCGCAGUGUCCGUGGCUUGGCCUUGCCCCCUGGAACGUCGCGUGGUGAACGCCGUGAGGUCGAGCGUGUGCUGUCCAAGGCUCUGAGUAACCUCACGAGGGACCUGGCGGGCAAAUACUACCCGUUGAGCAAGAUGACCAAGGACGAGGAGCAGCAACUCAUUGACGACCACUUCUUGUUCCAGAAACCUGGUGGCGGCACUCUACUGACCAACGCUGGCGCUGCUCGUGACUGGCCCGAUGGACGUGGCAUCUUCCACAACAACAACAAGACCUUCUUGGUCUGGGUGAACGAGGAAGACCACAUGCGAGUGAUCGCCAUGCAGAACGGUGGCAACAUCCAAGAAGUGUUCGACCGCUUCAGUCGCGGAGUCUCGGAUGUCGAAAAGGUCGUCAAGGGCGAAGGUCGCGAGUACAUGUACGACAACCACUUGGGCUUCGUCUGCACGUGUCCGUCCAACCUGGGAACGGGACUGCGUGCUAGCGUCAUGAUCAAGUUCCCGCAGCUCUCCAAGGAGUCAGAACGCUUCUACGACUUGUGCUCUGCGCUGGGUCUGCAGGCUCGUGGUUCUAAGGGCGAACACUCGCCUCCGGGUCCUGGUGGCGUCUACGAUGUCUCCAACAAGGCUCGUAUCGGCUAUUCGGAGGUGGAGCUGGUGCAGGCCAUGAUCGACGGCAUCUGGAAGCUCAUUGAGCUUGAAGAGGAUCUGAAGAAGGGUCGCUCGAUCGACAAGAAGGUUGCUGAGAUCCUGAAGUAAAGCUCGCAUGUUGAAAUACGUGGCUUGAGUCGGUCAAGUGGCGCUCUUGUGAAUGUUCAAAGGGAGGCGUGAUGGGUCGGAUGGUCCCCUCAUUGUACCGGUUUGCGAGGAAAUCUACGCGCAGUCGAGAGACACCAACAUCAGUUGAUAAAGUAAAAAAAAAUGUGCUACGUCUCUUCAUUACAACCGUCUAGCAUUGUCAGGGCACGCUCUCUAUCAUCAUUGCAAUCAACAGCACGAGACAAACCUGCACAGCACUAGUUGAUCGGUUGUCUGUUGAUACAGCCGGUCUCUAAGCCUGUUGGCGGUCACUGACUGUAGCGCGACUGUCGUUUGUCCUUAUACUGAAAAGGUUUCGCAUAUUUACAGAGCCUUGGUGACGCCCUCCAUGUGCUUAACCACCUCCAGCACCGACUUAAAGCUGAAGGGCUCCGUGGCGGCCAUGUCGGCCAGCACCUUGCGGUUCAGUUCGAUGCCCGAGCCGUUCAUCUUUCCGUAAAGCUUCGAGUACGAGAGUCCCUCCUGGCGAGCACCAGCAUUGAUCUUUUGGAUCCACAGCGAACGCAUGUCCUGUGUGUCAUCAGCAACAAUAUACUCAUGUAAGUAAUUCUAAAAAAUAAUUAUAAUGAUGACCAGUUCGUACGCGCUUCUUCUGCUUGCGGUCCCGAUACUGGUACUGCAGACCCUUCUCCACGCGGUUGAUAGCUGUGCGGUAGCACGAGUUGGCGCGACCGCGAUAGCCCUUGGCCAUAGCUAGGAUCUUCUUGUGCUUGGCCCACGACAUGUUGCUC